CGCGACGGACGAGUACUUCCGACAGAAGCUGCGCAUGUCGACGACCAUGUUCAACCACAUCGUAGCCGCGUGCGCCGCGUACAUAGAGAAGAAAGUGAUGCACUAUCGAAUGCCAUUGCCAGUGGAGCAGCUGAUUGCUUUCGCGUUAUACAGGUGGGUGUCCGGAGAAACGUACGAGAGCGGCACGUCGGCAUUUGGCAUCGGCAGGGCAACUGGACUGCAGGCCGUCCGCGACGUCACUUCGGCGUUGCUGCAGGCGUACCCCGACGCGAUAAAGUGGCCAAUGGGCAGGAGACGUGCGCAGAUUUUGCGCGCUUUCCGUGAGAAGGGUUUCCCAAACUGCUUCGGCGCUAUCGACUGUACACACAUCUACAUUGACAAGCCCGCCGGCGCACCUUCCGAGACCUACUACGACCGCAAACAGAAGUUCUCCGUGCAGGCGCAGGUGGUCGUGGAUUUGGAUUUGCGGAUCCUCGACGUCCACGUCGGAUACCCUGGAAGUGUGCACGAUGUCCGUGUCCUACACAAUUCCCAGUUGUUUAGGCGUGCAGAAAGUGGCGAGUUGUUCGACGCAACUCCGGAGAAUCUGCCGCAUGGUGUCGUCACGCGAGGCUCCCUGCUGGGCGACAACGGUUAUCCAGUUGCCUAUCCGUGGAUUGUGUCACCGUACGGAGGAAUCGACCAAGGUGUUGACGAGGACACGCGGCAAAAGGUGGCACGAGGGUGUGUGGAGAGGGCAUUCGGCCGACUCAAGUGCAUGUGGCGUCUGUUCUUGUGCACCCAUAAGACGAACCUAGAGACCUUGCCACAACAAUUCGUGGUUGUCUGCACUCUCCACAAUAUCCUCGUGGACGCGGGGAUCGACUUCGACGAGAACCUUCUGUGGGAGGUGGAUGCGAACGGCGUUCGGCGUAGAGUGGACUUAGGCAUUCUGGGGAAAGGUAAGGCGGGCGGGGACGGUGCACGAACGUGGAAGGUGAAUUGUUGAGGGAUGCACUGUGAGACCGCCUAGCUUUGAU